AUGUUCCCAGCGUUGAACGUGCAGGCCGUUGUGGACCACCGUAUGCGCUUUACUAGCGUGAAGAUUCGGCCAGGUUUAUGGUCAGACCAGAAGAUAUGGCGUGCUGCUGCGUUGGGAUCUACGUACGACAAGUAUUUACCCACUGGAACUCCUUCCUUGGUGACGCUGGGUACGCUCUCAGUCCAGUAA